AUGGCGAUUUUCGCCAUGGGCUGGCACAAGCCCGACAAUGUCGCCGGCUCUUCUGCGCCCGCGAUCAUGGUCGGCUCGUUCGUCGCCACCGGUGGGGUGCUGUUUGGUUAUGACACUGGUGCGAUCAACGGGAUUCUCGCCAUGGACCGGUUUAAGGACGACUUUGCGACAGGCUUCUUCGACAAAAAUGGACUCCCGAGCAUGUCACCGAAACAGGUGGCUUUAAUCGUUGCGAUGCUCAGCGCAGGGACGGCUGUGGGUGCGUUGCUGGCCGCGCCGAUAGGGGAUCGCUGGGGACGUCGGCUGUCGCUCAUCUUCGCCAUCGGAGUGUUUUGCAUCGGCGCUAUAUUCCAAGUAUGCGCAACCGACGUCGCGCUACUCGUUGUGGGAAGGACCGUGGCGGGCAUCGGGGUGGGGAUCGUCUCGGUCCUGGUCCCAUUGUAUCAAUCAGAGAUGGCGCCAAAAUGGAUUCGAGGAACACUCGUUUGCGCUUAUCAGCUCUCCAUCACAAUAGGAUUGCUUGCCGCGGCGAUGGUCAACAUGCUCACAUACCAGAUGCACACAACUGCGGCAUACCGGAUCCCGAUGGGCCUCCAACUCAUCUGGGCCGUCAUCCUGGCCGGAUGCUUAUUACUCUUCCCCGAAACGCCCCGAUACCUAAUCAAGCGCGGGCUCAAGGAUGCCGCUGCGCUCUCGCUUAGCCGUCUCCGACGCCUCGAUAUCACACAUCCGGCCUUGAUCGAGGAAUUGGCGGAAAUCCAAGCAAAUCACGAAUACGAAAUGGCGCUGGGGCCAGAUACGUACAAAGACAUCAUUUUCGGCGACCACCAUCUCGGCCGCCGAACGCUCACCGGCUGCGGCCUGCAAAUGCUGCAGCAACUGACAGGCGUGAAUUUCAUCAUGUAUUACGGAACGACCUUCUUCAACGGGGCGGGGGUCGACAACCCGUUCACCAUCUCCCUCAUCAUGCAGGUCAUUAAUAUGGCGUCGACAUUUCCCGGCUUGUUCGUUGUCGAGUCGUGGGGUCGACGGAGGCUCCUCAUAGUAGGAGCGCUAGGGAUGGGCGUCUGCCAAUUUGCGAUCGCCGCGUGCGGCACGAUUAGCGGGGACAACAACAAGACCCAACAAAACCAGAUCCUCAUAAUCUUCGUUGCCAUAUACAUAUUCUUCUUCGCGGCGUCUUGGGGCCCCGUCGUGUGGGUCGUCACCUCGGAGAUCUACCCCCUGAAAGUGCGCGCGAAAUCCAUGUCGAUCUCAACGGCAUCGAACUGGAUCCUGAACUUCGGCAUCGCGUACGGAACGCCGUACUUGGUGGACACAUCGGCCGGGUCGCCUGAUCUGGGCUCUCGCGUGUUCUUUGUCUGGGGCACGUUUUGCUUACUCUCGACCUUUUUUGUGUACGCCAUGGUGUAUGAGACCAGCAAGAUCAGUCUGGAGCAGAUCGACGAGAUGUACGAGCGGAUAGAUCGUGCGUGGAAGAGCAGGGGCUUCGAGCCGAGCUGGAGUUUCCAACAAAUGCGGGACUUUGGCUUUUCGGACAGCGGCAUACCCCCGACGGAACCGCAACUCGAGCUCCAGCCGUCGAACGCCAGCACGACGCAGUCGGACACUGGCGGGAGCGCGACGACGAAUACGACGAACAACACGACGACGACGAAUUCGCAGGACGCCAAGAUGUUGUCGCAGCUAGGGAAUGUCGAUUUAAGUUAUUGA